AGGAUUCCAUUAACAGUCGCCCUCUUCCCCUUUUCUCCUAAGCGAUAGAGGCCAAGCCCGGAGCCGAAAGCGUCCCGCUCUCUCGCUCGAUCGCCGGCAGUCUUCCGGUCGCCGUCCGAUGGAUGCUUUCGCGUCCCAGGCGAAGCAGGCGGGCAGCCUCUGGCUGGCCGGAUUCAGAGAAGCGUGCUCUCUCCAUCGCGUCCUCAUCUUCUGCUUUAGGUCGAAGAUGCUGUCGAUCAGAACUGGCCAGUGCUUCCUCUUGAACGGAUUCAUUUUCUUGGGAAGUUUAUUUACACUAAAGUCUGCAGUCAUCCCGACACUGCUGUGGAUAUUACCUGAUCAAUGUGAAAAAUUAGGUCCACAGCAUCUUUGCAACCACAAAGAAGCUUUAGCACUUUAUUCCUUCUUACGUUUCAUCCUUAUUCAGAUUUUCUAUAUUUUCUGGUUCUAUCCUCUGUAUGUUUUCAGCUUCAUAUUGAGCACCCUGUGGUACAAUGACAUUGCCAAGUAUGCUUUUGAUGUUCUGAGAAAACAAGGACCUUCCAAGGCACAAACACCUAACAGAAAAGAUUCACCAGACUCCCAGAGUCUCAGACAAGUGGGAAGGCCAAGUGGAUUUGAGCGGGUCUUUCUGGGAAUUGGCGAGCAGGUUUAUUCAAUCCUUUUGCUGAACAUCUUCUUCAUAGAGGUUUUUGCUGCAGGUUUUAUACCCUAUAUUGGCAAGGCAAUCAAUUUUCUGCUUCUUUCCUUGAUAUAUGCCUACUACUGUUUUGAGUACAAAUGGAAUUUUUCUGAAGUGAGUUUGAAUGAAAGGCUUGAGUUCUUCGAAUCAAACUGGGCAUUUUUUGCAGGAUUUGGAAGUCCAUGUGUUCUUCCAAUUCUCUUUUUCUCCACACUUGUUAGCUAUGGAAUUAUGGCUAUACUUUAUCCACUGCCAUUUGAGCAAAACAGUACUCCAGUUUGUUUUGACAGCAGCAGGCACUCAAGUAGAGCAAGUUAUUUAUUCUCUAACAAGUUCGUGGGGAGGAGGUGGACCAAGAAAGCUUCGAAUAUUUUAUGCUGCAGACAAAAUAUCGAUGCUGGUGUUGCAACUAUUCCCUGAGGUACAAAAAGGACAUUGACUAUUUACAAAAUCCACAAGAAGUUGCAUACAGUCGCAUUUUUCUUUUUUCUUUGCAAAAUUUGAUGAUCGGCGUGGGACUCAGAAACAUGUUGCUUGUGGAAGUGCUAUGGUUUCACCUCCCUGUACAGGAAUUGGAAUAGGAUGCUGGUUGAUGCUGUUGAGCUCCAAUUGGAAACCAGUGCAAUUGUAGAUAGAUAAAAAAACUUACUGCAGUUUGUUAACAUUUAUUUGAUCAAUGGAUGAAAGAAACAUCAUUCACCACUAUCCUA